UGUGCUUCUAUGUUCUUUCAUUCUGCACUCAACAGUUUACGACCGGCUUUCAUUCCGAACUCAUAUAGACGUUGCUUCAACACAUAUAGAGCUGCUACCAAGCGCAGGAUGGGGUCAAUCAAGCCACUUGAUGCUGCAGCGGGUCCCAUGGUCUGGAUCGACUGCGAAAUGCGAGACAGGACUGAACCCAGAAAAAGACAAGAUACUUGAAAUUGCUGUGCUUAUAACCAAUGGCAAUCUCGAAAUCGUAGACGAAGGCGUGGAGUACGUUAUUCGGACUGACAAAGAGAUUCUGGAUCGAAUGGACGAAUGGUGUACGAAACAACAUGGGAGUUCCGGAUUGACGAAAAGCUGUCUUGUUUCCCCUUAUACCCGUGAAUAUGUCGCAAAGGCGGUACUGGCCUACGUGAAGAGAUGGGUACCCAGUUCUCGAAACGCCGUUCUCGCAGGAAACUCGGUUCAUGCCGAUCGCUCGUUUCUGGUCAAGGAAAUGCCGGAGCUCAUAAAUUGGCUUCAUUAUCGGUGUGUUAUUUUGCUUGCGAUCAGUUAUUCAAAUUAAUGAGGGAUGACAUUUAGAAUUGUCGGUGGGUCAAUCUAUCGUCAAAAACUUCACUCAACGGCUAACCCU